AUGAUCUUUUCCGAUGACACGUCCCCAUAUGAAUGGUGGUUGGAUACCGCACCAGAAAUCCCGACGAUCUCAUCACCAGAGGAUGGUUACAAGGACAAUGAGGCGGCAAGAGACGACCUAGUUGAGUUGAGUCGGUGUCUGCUAUGGACUUCGGGGAAUCUAGAUAAGGAACCAAGGGUCACGGGGAAGAAGGACUUUAGGAAAAUGUAUGAAGGGGCGAUAAGAGCAUUGGUGGUGUGGCAGCACAAAUUUGGGCUUUUUGACAGGAAGCAUAGGAAAAGUACUGGAAGAGAUACAGGAAGGGAAAAGGGGGACGAAGGGAGAGCGACGGAUGGUGGGACUUUACUCCGGAUCUAUGCUAUCAUGAUGCGGGCGAUCGUUGCAGCAGGAGCGGGUUUCACAAGUGAGAUGGUGUGGGAUGCCUAUAUCGGGGACUUCAGGGAGGCUGUCGAGCUCGCGGAGACGUUGCCUAUGCUUCAGCCUCAACCUCAACCACCUGCAUUACCAUCGCCGCCAAAAUCACCGCCCUUACCCCACCUGACGAUAACCUUCCAUUCCAACACCACCUACCCAGUCUCCAACCAUACUUCCUACCCCCACUCCUUCACAUCCCGCCUUGCACCUCAGAUUAUCUCUCCAUCCUUCGAACUCUCUCCCAUGGUGCCCCUCUUUCUCAUCGCAACGCGCUGCCGGAAUCCGCUCGUCCGUCGGCGCGCCUUAGCUCUUCUGCUCAACUACCGACGACGCGAGGGUGUUUGGGAUUCACUGGCUGCGGGUAUGAUUGCUGCCCAGGUGCUGAAACAAGAAGAAGGAAUAUUGGAUGCGGAGUUGAGCGAGGGAAAUUGGCUGAGUAUGGGGAGGGUAGAGAAAGCGGACGACAUAACGGAGAAAAGGAGGCUAGGAAAUCUACUCGUGAGAGUGGAGAUGAAGGAUGGUGGUGCUGGGGCUAUUCAAAUGAGGUAUGAUAAGGGUGAUGAAGAGAAGUUGAAGGCUGGGAGGACAUUUUCUGUGCGAACAGAGGAACUGCGCCAAGAAGCCACUGGGUUUGACGACGAACCGGGAGCGAAGAUACCGUCUUGGAGUAGUGAUGAAAGGAUGGAUGGUGCUCUGUGCGAUGUCAAGUUUACAUGA